UCAGUCUCUCAGGUGUGAGAAUGAGUUGGCCCGUGUUGACGCAGCCUCAGCCUCUGGUGUUGUCCUCUGAUGACGCUGAAUGGGCCUCUGGGAUCUGUGACUGCUGCGAUGACAUGAGAGAGUGCUGCUUUGCAUUCUGGUGCUGUCCCUGUUUCGCCUGUAAAACCUCUAAACAGUACGGUCACCAUCUCUGUCUCCCCCUGCUGGACGUCUGUGGCUGUGGCUGCGUCCAUCCCCUCACCAUGUCCAUGAGAGUCUACGUCCGACAUCGCUACGGCAUUAAAGGCAGUCUGUGCAGAGACUGUUUGUGCUCCUCCUUCUGUCCGCCCUGCGUCUGGUGUCAGAUGUCCAGAGAGAUGAAGACGAGGAAACUCCCCGCCACGCUGGGUGACAUCUUCCACCGCUGAUGACAUCAUCCACCGCUGAUGACAUCAUCACUGUGACUCCUUUUAUUUGCUAUCAGUGUGACAUUAAUUUAAAUCAGUUCAAUAUUGUUUACAUAUUUACUAAACGUCUCUUCAUAUCUAUUAAUAUGUAUUGAUUAAUUAUCUAAUUUGCACUGUUAAUUUUUAAAAAUAUUUUUCUUCACGUUAUUUUUCUUUAAUAUUUAUCAAACAUGUUUUUUUAUACCUUUUUUUAUUUAUAAAUUUGAUGUAGCCGUUAUGUUUUGUAUUUUGGCAACAAUUAAAUCGUAGGAAACUGGACUUUGAUUUUUGCAACUUGGUAUAUGCUGUCCAAUGCAGCAUAUACCAAGUUGCAACUUGGUAUAUGCUGUCCAAUGCAGUGAAGAAUGCAAGGACUCAUACAUUGGUGAAACCAAACAACUAUUAAACAAGCGCAUGGCUCAACACAGAAGGGCAAACUCCUCAGGUCCAGUUUCUGCUGUUUAUUUACAUCUAAAGGAGAAGGCUCACUCCUUUGAGGACAGCAAUGUGAAAAUCUUGGACAGAGAGGACAGAUGGUUCGAAAGAGGGGUGAAAGAAUCCAUCUACGUUAAAAUAGAGAAGCCGUCUCUAAAUAGGGGAGGUGGCCUGAGACACCACCUAUCCCCCAUUUACAAUGCGGCCCUUGCUGCUGUACCUAAGAGAUUGAACAACAAAGACUGCCCGAAACUAACCUCAAGUGGCUCAAAGAAACACAACGACAGUCGUUCACUGGUAACCACACAUUAUGCCUAACGACUGUUGCUCACCAGUGGCCCCACUCACUCCUAAGGACUGUCGUUCACUAGUGUGACUCACCUGACCCAAACAAUGGUCCAGUGAAACUCCACUAACGAAGUAUUGUCUUAUGAGGGUGGUGGGUGUACACCUCCGCAGAGGUUAAAAAGUCUUACUCCACUGUUUGUCAGACUAGUGAGGACUAGUCAGACCGAUGCGUUGAGAACUGAUGAAGCCGCUUGGAUAAGAGGCGAAACGUCUUCUAGACAAAAUCAAAGUCCAGUUGCCUACGAUUUAAUUGUUGCCAAAAUGGAAUUGACCUGGAUAAAUGAGAAUAUCCACAGAGUUAUGUUUUGUAGUUAUUGUCCCAACAUAUUGUAAUACUUUAAUUCGUCUGCACUGAUUAAUUGCUUAAUGAUUUUUAUUACGCAGUAAAAUAUUUACUGAAAAUCUUCUUAUUUAAUAAAAUCUUUUUUUAAACAAAUCAAAAUGAGAAAAAAGUAAAUAAAUAAAUAAAGACAUUAUAUGUCAGACAAACCAAACUGUGACUCUAAGAACAGUUUCUAUUUUUUUUUUUUUCCACAAAUCGAUGUAAGGUCCAUUUAAAGCUGUUCUAGAGCUUUUGAUCGUGUGACAUGUUCUUCCAGUAGAAAUGGAGGUGUUCUGAUGUUUGUAUAUUUUUCUUAACAUUUCACAAACUUCACAAAGUGGAAGUGUAACUUUUAUUUCUGAUCCUGUAAACAACGACUCAAGGUCAAAAAUUAAAUUUAAAAUAAAAAAUGAUCAAUUUUCA